GGGUGUGGCCCAGCUCACCCUGGGCGUGCGUGUGUGUACGCGAGAGAGUGAGUGUGCUAGAGCGGCGCUUCGGGGCCCGGGGCCUGGCCGAGGGAGAAUGGCUCAUCGCUGCCUCUUGUUGUCGAGGGGCUGCUGCCGGCGUCCCCUCCUCUGCUCGCCGGGUGUUCGGCAGCUGCUUUGCGGUCGGGGCCUGGCCGCCUCUUCCCGUUACCUAAGACUGCUUCAUGACCAUGUAGCCACUCAGGUUCCUACAAAUAGAAGUAAUACCCUUGUAAAUGUAAUUGCUGCUUACAGAAGGCUGUUCUCCCAACCGCCGAAAGGGUUUGAAAAAUAUUUUCCAAAUGGGAAGAAACCUAAUGAAACAAAAGGCUCUGGAGAUGGAGAAACCAAAGAUGUAAAGCAACCUAAUUCUCAGCGACCUUCUAGGACUGGCAGUGGAGGAGGUCCUGGCGGAGGUAAAAAAGGAGGCAAGAAAGAAGAUACUCACUGGUGGUCCAGAUUACAAAAGGGUGAUUUUCCCUGGGAUGAUAAAGAAUUCCGUUCGUACAUUGUGGGUAGUUCUUUUCUAUGGAUUGCCUUUACCUACUACUUUUUCUUAAGGACUCCUGUGAGAGAAAUCACAUGGAAAGACUUUGUCAACAACUACCUUUCCCAAGGAGUGGUGGAAAAGCUAGAAGUGGUGAACAAGCGUUAUGUUAGAGUGAUCUUUAGUCCAGGGAAGAGUCCCACUGAAGGGCAGUAUGUCUGGUUUAAUAUUGGAAGUGUGGACACAUUUGAGCGGAACUUGGAAACUGCGCAGCUUGAGAUGGGUAUUGAAGGAGAAAAUAGGCUACCGGUAGUGUACACAGCAGAAAGUGAUGGUUCAUUUCUUCUGAAUAUGUUACCGACUGCCCUUAUAGUUGGCUUUCUAUUGUACUCAUUAAAAAGAGGACCUGCGGGAGUGGGCCGGGCAGGACGAGGAAUGGGUGGACUCUUCAGCGUAGGUGAAACAACAGCCAAAGUCCUAAAAGAUGAAAUAGAUGUGAAGUUCAAAGAUGUAGCUGGUUGUGAGGAAGCUAAAUUAGAGAUAAUGGAGUUUGUGAAUUUUCUGAAAAACCCAAAACAAUACCAGGAACUAGGAGCAAAGAUCCCAAAGGGAGCUAUUCUGACAGGACCUCCAGGUACAGGAAAAACUCUUCUUGCAAAAGCAACUGCUGGAGAGGCCAAUGUCCCUUUCAUUACUGUCAAUGGGUCCGAAUUCUUGGAGAUGUUUGUUGGUGUUGGUCCUGCUAGAGUCCGUGAUUUAUUCGUCCUGGCUCGUAAAAAUGCCCCUUGCAUUCUCUUCAUUGAUGAAAUAGAUGCAGUGGGAAGAAAGAGAGGACGGAGUAACUUUGGAGGGCAGAGUGAACAAGAAAACACACUCAACCAACUCCUAGUAGAAAUGGAUGGUUUUAAUACCACCUCAAACGUUGUUAUUCUAGCUGGCACCAACAGACCAGAUAUUCUAGACCCUGCGCUUAUGAGGCCAGGACGUUUUGAUAGACAGAUUUUUAUUGGGCCACCAGAUAUUAAGGGCAGAGCAUCUAUAUUUAAAGUUCACCUUAGGCCCCUUAAGUUGGAUGCUAGCUUGAACAGAGAUAGUUUAGCACGGAAGCUUGCAUCACUUACUCCUGGAUUUUCAGGUGCAGAUAUUGCUAAUGUGUGCAAUGAAGCUGCCUUAAUUGCUGCCAGACAUCUUUCAGAUGCCAUAAAUGAAAAGCACUUUGAGCAAGCCAUUGAACGAGUGAUAGGAGGAUUGGAAAAGAAGACACAAGUAUUACAACCAGAGGAGAAAAGGACAGUGGCAUAUCAUGAAGCUGGCCAUGCAGUUGCUGGCUGGUUUCUGGAACAUGCUGAUCCACUUUUGAAGGUAUCUAUUAUCCCUCGUGGCAAAGGACUGGGUUAUGCUCAGUACUUGCCAAAAGAACAGUACCUGUACACCAGAGAGCAGCUGCUUGACAGAAUGUGCAUGACUCUGGGAGGACGAGUAUCAGAACAAAUCUUCUUUGGAAGAAUUACAACUGGGGCCCAAGAUGAUUUACGGAAGGUUACUCAGAGUGCAUAUGCCCAGAUUGUUCAAUUUGGGAUGAACGAAAAGGUUGGGCAAAUCUCCUUUGAUCUUCCUCGGCAAGGGGACAUGGUGUUAGAAAAACCAUAUAGUGAAGCAACUGCAAGAUUGAUCGAUGAAGAGGUGCGAAUACUUAUUAACACAGCUUAUGAACGGACCCUGGCUCUCCUAACUCAAAAGAAAGCAGAGGUGGAAAAGGUUGCUUUACUGCUCCUAGAGAAGGAAGUUUUGGAUAAAAGUGAUAUGAUUGAAAUGCUUGGCCCCAGACCAUUUGCUGAAAAAUCUACAUAUGAAGAAUUUGUUGAAGGCACAGGCAGCUUAGACGAAGACACAUCACUUCCAGAAGGCCUUAAAGACUGGAACAAAGAUCGUGAGGAGAAAGAGGAGACCACAGAUGAGCAGCUUGCCAGACAGAUUACAGGAGAUAUGCCUUUUUAGUGUUUGAAAUAUGGCCAAAUUUGGUCUUGUAUAAAAGCUGGCAUUGUGUUUGUGUUGCUCAACAGAAAAGAUUGGGGAAGUCCUCAAAGAUCUGGUCUCAAAGAAAGCUCUGCUCUACAGAAAUAAAGAAAUCAGCAACAGUGGUAGAAUUAAGAAAGAGGUGUGUUCUCUAUUUUACAGAGAAAUAUUUAGAUUCCAUUGGAUGCUGGUUCCUAAAACAAACUGAGAAAAACAACAAGAUCCUACAGUUGCUGGGUCUACAUUCAACCCCCUUCUAGCUCGGUAACUCUGCAGAGAAAUAAUAUCUGAUUUGUGCAAGUCUCCUCUGUUAAGAAAUACAUUUAAGCCUGCAUAGAAUAUUAAUUUAUCAGGAAUAAUGGAAAAAUCAUCUGCUUGGUUAAAUCCUCUUUAUCAGAUUGUUACCAUGGGGGAACUACAUUGCUGUCACAUAGCAGGAGUCCAAAUAAUUGAUAACACUCCUUCUGUUCUGUGGAAAUGUUCAGUUUUCAUCGACCCAUUGAAAUGUAUCCCUUUGCCUUGCCACUGGUUGGGAAAAAGACCUGUGGGGUUCUCAGUUAUUGAACUGGAAACGUAUUAAAGAGCUUUUCUUUUGGAAUUGUGAGUCAGUGGCUACAAUCGAGUGUAAACUUUAAAUUAUAUUAUUGCAAUUUUAAUAAAGUUUUUUUACAGGCAGUUAGGAGACAGUGAACAUAUAAGUGUAUUUUAUUUUGUAAAUAUACUUUGGAAACAUUCAAUAAAAUCAGCUCACUGGGUUGUGCAAGGUAAGAAAUUCUCUUAUCCUUAACCCACUUAGGAAAGGUUGCACGGAAGUGUAUUUAAUCUGCAGUUACUAUGGAAAUGUAAUGGCUGUGCAAUUCCUUUUUAGAGGGGGAAGAUCCCCUCCCCCAUCCCAGAUGAGGUGAUGGAUAUUUCUCUUGUAGGUAUCUUGAUGAUGGUUGCCAAAGCAAACACUCUUCAGAGGCUUGAAAUUAUUUAUUCACUAAAUAGAACGUCAGCGUUUAGGAUAUAGUUAGAGUAAAUAAAGCAAGACCAGGGAGAAUGUGGUACCAGUUGGUCUGUUCUCCACAAUCUACUAUUCGUAGGAAGAUGAAUCAAGUCCCAGCGUUUUUCACCACUGGCUAUGUUGGUUAGGGAGUGGCAAACUGACAACCUCUGUAGAGUAACACUUUGCCCAGCCCUCCUAUAAAUGGUAAAGCUAAGGUUAGAGUCCAGAGUGUGCUUACCUUUGAACUCCUGGGGCUGCAGAUUUUAAGGUUUCUAUACUUGGGAGUAAAUAAUAGUUUUUAACUGGGAAAACAUGAACAAACUCAACAAAUGUGAAAUAUGUUUGUUCAGCUACUGUAACACGGAGGAAAUUAUGAUGGAAUAAGUCUUAAGAAGAAGGAGCAUCCAACCAUGGUAUAAAGUGAGUAUGUUUGAAUGGCUGAAUCCAUUUGAAUGAUUGUAUUGUACUGUAUAUAAUUAAAGAUCUUAAAGCAGA